AUGAGGUCCAAAAAAUGGACGUGCUCAGUGUGUACUCUGGAGAAUCCUGCGCGACGGAGACAGUGUCAAGCUUGUGACUCAAGGCGACCCGACGACGGAGAAGAAGAGCCCUCUGUUGCCUGCACAGCAAUGACGUCGCCAGCGUCCAAAGACAAGAAAAGGGACGAGCGAACGAAAAGCACCCGACGGCAAGAGACCGCAGGCUCAAAAUCACCACGCAAUACCAAGAUGCAACAAGGGCGAAAGCGGGGCCGAGUGGAUGCCAUGUCCGAUCGAUUAGUUACUGUUAGACUAGUCCUUUGCGACAAUGAUGGCCUGUUGAGCGAAGAAGAGAACCACGACAAUUGGCAGCAGGCUCUGCAGGCUAUAGUGCCUCUCUCUUUUCUCAAAUCUCCAUUGUCAGAAAGAACGUGUCAGACAGAGCAGCAACAGCAACACGACAAUAACAUCCAGACAAAAUUGGUGGAUCCAGACUGUAUCCCUUUUGAAAAAGAAAACAAUGCGUUGCCAUCAGAAGAACCAGCAAAAGCCUUGUCUUCUAAAGACGAUAGCAAUAUCCUCCACUGUCCACAGCCCGGAAAGGAAAGUCCCAGCAAAGAAUCUGACAAUCAUAUGCACUCUACAGUGAGUGAUGAACACGAAACGACCACACACACUUCCGCAUUGGACUCCAUCAGGGUCGAUGGCGCCAACGGGGAAGAAGAGAGCCAACAGAUUAGAGGAGGCAAACCUGUUACAGAUAACGGCAGAGAUGCAGAACGAGCCAAUCCUGAAAUGGAAGGGAUAUCCAUCCAACAUCAAAUAGAAGCUACGGCGGAUUCAUUGAGUCAAUUGCCAACGAAACAGUCGGACGAAGAGUCGACUCACGAAACCUCUCACCAAACCAACAAUCCACAAUCGCAAGAAAGCUGCAAUCCAACUCAACCUGUGGAAAGUUUGAUAUCUUGUGAAAGCGACGAUCUCAUGGUAAUCCAGGAAGACACAACAACGACCAGAUGCGACACCAGCCGCAUUCAAUCCGCUGACAAUUCAAGCUGCCAAGAAGAUAUGUUGGCGCUACCAAUCGAGAGCAAGGCCGCUCCAUCCUCACAGCAGGAGACAAAGGAUUCCGUGGUGGGCACCGAUCCCCUAAUUGACGGAGGCUCUAGCUAUACAGAUGGGGAAACGCCGAGUUCCCUACUCUUGUCGCCAGCGAACCAGCCUCAAGAGUCCCCAGAAAACUCGCGAUCAAAGCCACCCAAAGCACAGGGAAUGACAGCGUUGAUGGCGUGUGGAAGCGAGGGAGUGUCGCCAGGGUCAGAGUCUGCAGGGUCUGGAGACAAUGACACCUCCGUUGAAGAUUCCCGCGAGCACUGUACGUCAAUAGCAAGUCCAAUCAUCACUACUGCUGAAUAUCAUGAUGACGUGGAUGCCUUCCACCACUGUUUGGCACAGCUCUCCGAACAGGAACAUCUACAAACUCAACAAGAAGGGUACGCAGAUCGUACAAACGCCCAAGAUUGCAGUAGCUCUUGCUCUGAAUCCAUCGAAGGACAACAAUUGUCGCAAACGAUUGAUUCAGAGUCGGCCUCAGCAGAAGUCUCCACGGGACGGCAAGCAUCCUCGGCAUCUACGGAAUGUGAGGAACGAUGGAUUGCCGUUGAAGGCCACGAGCUUUCACCCGUACCGGUACCGGUACAAGAAAUUCAUGCCACAGCCCCUCUGAUACAAAAACCACAUUCACCGAAGAACAGUCGAAUGGAAGAUGAGCCCGCGGAACAUGACGAUGGGGAAAUGGAAGAUCACAAUGCCUUCGUAUAUACUCCACCAUCGCAAACAUCUCAAGAAGAACCAGUAUCAGUUUCCAAAGGACCGCAAAGCGCAAUGCCCCGGCAGGAACCAGUUCCUUGCCCUGUCGAUACAGGCGCAAUCAACAAGGACAACGAACAAUUAGCUCUACCCAACAGCAAUGGAAGAAGCGAGAAUGUGCGCCCAGCUCCACAACAAUCACAGUCAUCUCAGUUCAAGGGAGCCUUUGUGGAGACUGAAGAUGAUCCAGACAACCGGCGGAAACUAGACUUUCCGGAAGCGAUCCCAGUUGCUAAUCAUGAUCAAGUGUCCCAAACUACCCAGUAUCCAGUGGUGAAAGAGCAAACAGAAAGCAAAAUGCAUCAAGGACACAAAGCACUUGACACUCUAUCCACUUUCCCUGGAUUUCACACUGCUGGCAUUGGCAAGAACAUCACAGUCUCAGGAGAUGCACUCAAGAAGGCUGGGUCCGUCUUAAGUGGUUCAGGCUCCCAAAAUUCAGACUUCGCCCCUGGACAGACGGCUAUUGGAGGCUUUAAGACUGCAGGCAAGGCCAGCAACAUCACAGUUUCAGAAGAAGCUUUGAAAAGAGCUGGGUCAAUCUUGAGCAGUUCAAGCUACCAAACCUCUGGGGCUGCCCCACAACAACCCAGCAAGGGCGGCUUUUUAACUAAGACUGUUGGCAAUGUCAACAACAUCACAGUCUCAGAAGAAGCUCUGGAAAACUCUGGUUCAGACACCCACAAGUCAAGAUCUGCUCCUGCAGCACCAACAGGUCCCUUUAUGGGUGCAUUUCGCACUGCUGGUAUGCACAAGAGCAUCACAGUUUCGGAAGAAGCCCUUCAAAAAGCUGGGUCCGUGUUGAGCUGUGGAAUCUCCAAAACGCCUGCCUCUUUUGGCAGUGGAUUUCAAACAGCUGGCAAAGCCAAGAAUAUCACAGUUUCAGAUGAAGCUCUCCAAAAAGCUGGGUCCAUCUUGACAAACUCGGGUCCUGUCAAGCCUCCUGCUACUCCAUUAAGUCUCCCUAUGGGUGGUUUUAAGACUACUGGCAAAGCCACAAGCAUUGUAGUUUCAGAGGAAGCUCUCCAAAAAAAUGGGUUAAUCUUUAGCAGUUCAGGCUCCCACAAUCCCAACUGCACUCCUCAGCAACCCACCAUGUGUGGCUUUAAGACUGCUGGCAAAUCCACAAGCAUCAGUGUGUCACAGGAAGCUUUGCAAAAAGCUGGGUCAAUCUUUAGCAGAUCAGGCUCCCACAGAUCCGACCAUGCCCCACAGCAAUCCGCUAUGGGUGGUUUUCAGACUGCUGGCAAAGCAACAAGCAUCAAUGUGUCAGAAGAUGCUCUCAAGGCUGCUGGCUCCAUCUUGGGUGGUUCAGGCUCCCACAGAUCCAACCAUGCCCCUCAACAACCUGCUAUGGGUGGUUUUCAGACUGCUGGCAAAGCAACAAGCAUCAGUGUGUCAGAAGAUGCUCUCAAGACUGCUGGCUCCAUCUUGGGUGGUUCAGGCUCCCACAGAUCCAACCAUGCCCCUCAACAAUCCACCAUGGGUGGUUUUCAGACUGCUGGCAAAGCAACAAGCAUCAUUGUGUCAGAAGAUGCUCUCAAGGCUGCUGGCUCCAUCUUGGGUGGUUCAGGCUCCCACAGAUCCAACCAUGCCCCACAGCAAUCCGCUAUGGGUGGUUUUCAGACUGCUGGCAAAGAACAAGCAUCAGUGUGUCAGAAGAUGCUCUCAGGCUGCUGGCUCCAUCUUGGGUGGUUCAGGCUCCCACAGAUCCAACAAUGCCCCUCAACAACCUGCUAUGGGUGGUUUUCAGACUGCUGGCAAAGCAACAAGCAUCAGUGUGUCAGAAGAUGCUCUCAAGACUGCUGGCUCCAUCUUGGGUGGUUCAGGCUCCACAGAUCCAACCAUGCCCCUCAACAACCCACCAUGGGUGGUUUUCAGACUGCUGGCAAAGCAACAAGCAUCAGUGUGUCAGAAGAUGCUCUCAAGGCUGCUGGCUCCAUCUUGGGUGUUCAGGCUCCACAGAUCCAGCCAUGCCCCACAGCAAUCCGCUAUGGGUGGUUUUCAGACUGCUGCAAAGCAACAAGCAUCAGUGUGUCAGAAGAUGCUCUCAAGGCUGCUGGCUCCAUCUUGGGUGGUUCAGGCUCCCACAGAUCCAACAAUGCCCCUCAACAACCUGCUAUGGGUGGUUUUCAGACUGUGGCAAAGCAACAAGCAUCAGCUCCCACAGAUCCACAUGCCCCACAGCAAUCCGCUAUGGGUGGUUUUCAGACUGCUGGCAAAGCAACAAGCAUCAGUGUGUCAGAAGAUGCUCUCAAGGCUGCUGCUCCAUCUUGGGUGGUUCAGGCUCCCACAGAUCCAACAAUGCCCCUCAACAACCGCUAUGGGUGGUUUUCAGACUGCUGGCAAGCAACAAGCAUCAGUGUGUCAGAAGAUGCUCUCAAGCUGCUGGCUCCAUCUUGGGUGUUCAGGCUCCCACAGAUCCAACAAUGCCCCCAACAACCCACAUGGGUGGUUUUCAGACUGCUGGCAAAGCAACAAGCAUCAGUGUGUCAGAAGAUGCUCUAA